GUGAGCAGGGAGCUGCUGCGGAGGAUAUGAGGAGCAAUCGUGGAAGAGGAGUCAGUCCGACCUUGUCUGGCCCGCAGUCCCGCGCCUGGUUGUGCGUAAAACGCGGCUAAAAUAGUUGGCGCCGUUCUAAGCCCCCUUUCGGGCUGCGUCCAACUUUGGCCCUCAUUCAUGUUUUUUUAUUCGCAACACAGUCCACGUCUGAGUGAUGUGCACAGGAAUACCUCUUCCGCAUAUUGGAUUUCAAUGCAAAGAGAAGGUCGCCAACGUCCCUCUGAGGAUUCGGGAAAUGAAGACUGCUGCUGACACGGACUCAGUAUUUUUUUUACUUUUGAAAAACGUUUUUCUGCGCAGUUUUGAUUGAAGGAUUUUUUCGUCCACUCGCGACGCGUUCGCCCCAUGUGUGGGAUCACUCGUUGCAUUGCAUGUAUUAGAAAACAAAUCGAGUUUUUGGAUAAGCCUGGGCGCUGUACAUGGGUGCACAGAUUCGAUCACAAUGUAUUUAAUUUAAGACAAAACCCCCUCUUGUCUGUAUAAAGUGCCAACAUUAAGCCGGGAUGGCGAACGAGUGUAAUCGCAACAUUGUGGAAAAGUAUAUCUGCCAUAAACUCUCCAAACGGGGCUACGUGUUCGGAUUUGAUGACGUCCGGGAUGAAGAUGCCGCUGAUAACGGCUCACUAGUCGUCCCGCCACCGACGCUGGUCCGCCGGUGCCGUGAAGCCGGCGGACCGGGGCCCGACAGCGAGAGCUCCCGCCUCUGCAGACGGCUCCCCCAGUCCGACCCGACCGCCGCCACCCACCGGGUCUUACGCGAGGCUGGAGACGAACUCGAGAGACUGUACCAGCCGGACUUCACGGAGAUGUCGCGGCAGCUGUAUCUGACCUCCACCACGGCGCAGAGGAGGUUCGCCGAGGUGAUCGACGAACUGUUCCGGGACGGGGUGAACUGGGGCCGGAUCAUCGCCUUCUUCGAGUUCGGGGGCACGGUGUGCGUGGAGUGCGCCGCCAAGGAGGAGAUGACCUCGCAGGUGGACAACAUCGCGGAGUGGAUGACGGAGUAUUUGAACGGACCCCUGAACAACUGGAUACAAGAUAACGGGGGAUGGGAGGCCUUUGUGGAGCUGUAUGACAGACAGAGGGACUCCCUCUUCAACUGCUCCUGGCCCUCCAUUAAGACGGUCUUCGGCCUGGCUGCAAUCGGGGCCGCUAGCCUCACCAUCGGAGCGUACCUUACACAGAAGUGAACGAGCCCUCUUUUCUACCAGCUUUGACUUUGUUCCUCGUCCUCCCCCUCGUCCUCCUCCUCCUCGUGCCUCUUCUUUUCCCUUUUUAUAGAUGCCCCUGACCCCACAGAGACAACCUUCAGACUCUUCCGAAUCUCGCCCUCUUCAAAGCCCCAUCUCGGAAAAACUCCCCUCUUCCUCGCCCCUCCAUGUCAAAACAGACACAAAUCGAAACAAUUGAAGCAACCAGACGAGCAGGACAAAGGACGUCAUGAGAAGCUUAGAUGUAAUCACACUAAGCUGAGUACAACUGAGGAGAAAGGAGGUGGCAUCGGUGGCAUGCAUCUUUUUUUUUUUUUUUUUUUUUUUUUGUUCUGCCUGCUUCUGUACUAGAUAUAGCAUGAAUGUUGAGUGUUAGUGUAAACGUUGCAUGUGUCAGAGCUCAUGCGGGACCUUCUAUUAGGAGGCCUUGGCGAUGGGGGUGCAUGGACAGUGAUGCCGCACACCCGGAGAGGAAACGGCCACAGACCCGCCCCUGCUUGUUAGGGUGAAGAACCCCGUUUGAACUAUGGACUCCGGUUACCCACCCCCACCCCCUGUAGCCGUCCUUCAAAGGACUUCCUCCAAGGAACAGCUGCUCAGAAUGUAUAAUGGAAACAGCUUGCUACAACCAGCGCGGCUCGUGUCUACUGCUUUCACUCCUCGGACGGCUCCAGUGAACUCUGAACACACUCCACCAUUAUACUCUCACCAGCCUCUAAGGGCCAGGGGAAGACUGAGCUCUGCUGAUCUUUCUUCUAGAGAGCUUGAAAACUCCUCGAUUGCGAUCUUUGUGUUGGUUUUAAUUUUUGCAGCACGCCAAAUCCCAGGAUUGUGUGGUUUUACCACAGGAAAAAAAAAAAGGAGGAGAAUGGAGAAUUUUUCAAGGAGUGAAAAACAUGCUGAAGAAGCCCUUCGUUAUCAUAUAUUGAUGAAUAUAUUGAGAAAAAUGUUGAGAACAGCACAAAAGAGCGAGGUAAAAGUAAAACAAAGCCUCUUAUGAAGGGAGUAGGCCUUUCGCUAUAUAAAUGGACAAGAUUUGAAAUGUGCAUUCCUUAAGCAAAGCGAUGUACAGAGACCGCUCCUCUGCUAAAAUCACUCCCCUUUAAAAAGCACCAUCAUUGUUCACAUAUUGGCACCAGACAACUCUUAAAGGCUAUCAGCUCUUUUCUAUUUUCUACCAACGUUUCUACCAGCUUUCUUACUCCACUCGUGGUCAGGUUGUUUGGGCUCACCCAGGUUUCAGAGCUCACCCUGUCAACAUGUGUCCUCCAGCUGCUGAGGCCACGCAGCGACUCGGUGCGGCUAGAAUCCACUCUGACAAAGGCGCUUGUUGACGUGGACUGAGAGAAACUCGCCUGGCUACGGAUGACUGCGUGGAAAACCACGGCAGCAGGGUUUAGGACUCAAGCCAGUGCGUCCCGUUUUUUCUGGAACCUGAGAUGUCCCUCCUCUCUGGUCUGCAAAUGCAUUCAGUCAUUGAUUUGUUUUAUUGAUGUUUGUCUUGUGUUACAGUCUGAUAGAAAAUUUGGGAGUGCACACAAGCUCCAAAUUAUUUUGGAUUAUUCUUUGGAAAAGUGAUUCUUUCUUUCUUUCUUUCUCUCGUUCUUUCUUUCCUCGGUCAUUAAAACUCUUCAACUUCUUUGUUGCAUGUAUGAAAGGUAGGCCUGUCGUCACACAACAAAUAUGUGUAACCAUAUUUAUACCAGAAUAGGGUAGCAUAUAACAAAACAAAUAACAGCAAUGGAGUUGCAUUUUUCUAUUUAUUGAGAGGUACCAGAUCACAGAUUUUUUUAACAGUACUUUAAUGAAAAAAUAAUUGUUUUCACUUUUUCUAUUCUAAGGAAUCACACUGUAACUGAUUUUUUUUUUUUUUCCUGGCUGCUAUUAUAACAAGAAAGAUGUUUUUUUUGUUUUUUUUUAAGUGAAAUUUUGUGUUGUAUUAACAUUGGCUUAAGGCUGCUAUACUGUCAAUUUUACUUUAACUUACAGCUUAAACUGCCACAGAUUUACAGUAUAGUUCUAGAGAGCUGGAAACCAAAGUUAACUUGUAUUAAUCUUUCAUUUCAAAAAAAGAAAAAACAAAAGAAAAAGUAGCUUAAGGAGAAUACACGUCGCUUCACUUCACUGCGUCUGUUCAGUGAGGUUCUCUCUCUUUGGAGGGUUUGUCUAGUGUUACUGUACUAUAUCAGCUUAACUUUUGUCAGCGUUGUGCUCCGAUGAUAACUCAGUGCUUAUCCGUAAAAUGUUGACCUGCCAGACUUAAACCUCAUCUCAGUUGUCACUAUAAACCACCCCAUUUCUCAUCACAGCAGCUCACAGUGUGUGAUAUAUUUCUAGUUCGUGUGUGUGUGUGUGUGUGUGUGUGUGUGUGUGUGUGUGUGUGUGUGUGUGUGUGUGUGUGUGUGUGUGUGUGUGUGUGUGUGUGUGUGUGUGUGUGUGUGUGUGUGUGUGUGUGUGUGUGUGUGUGUGUGUGUGUGUGUGUGUGUGUGUGUGUAAGAGGGAACCAGAAGGUGAUUUAUGAGCAAUCAGUAGGAGCGGCUCAACAGCAAUAUACUGUAACUUUUUAUAUUCUCUGUGCAUAUAUGAAUGUAGGCGCCAUGGUUGCUGUACUGUUUUAUGUCUAUAAUCACAAACCUGUAGCACUUAAAAAAAAAAAAAAAGAAAAAAAGAAAGUGAAUUGUGUUUCUGUUGUUUACUGCUAUAUCCACGAUAAGCUAGCGGGAUCAUAUUGUUCCUAAUAAACCGGAUUUCUCAAGCAGCUGCAGUCCAAGUUCAAGUUGUGUCGGAUUUGUCUUUUCAUCGUUUCUCAGCUUUGUCUGUGAGCAUGUCAGCAGACAGAAAGACAAUAAGACGUGUCUUAUGUUAGGAGCCCUGUUGAUAGUCUGCUCCUUUGAUUAUCUGAUAUCUGCAGCAGAACUAUAUAUGCAGCUUGCUUGUGUCAACUCUACAGUCUCCUUGUGAAGGACUGUGCAGGCGCAGCAGCCGCACCCCAUCAGACAUCAAAGCUG